UGUAGAAGAGAGACGUCAAGGAUAGAGGACGAAGAGAUGUCACGAAUUUUGAGUCCGCUGCUGUCGACUCGUGAGAACGGUCUUCUCUUCAGUUUACUAAGUCAUGACUGCAGUGUUUUAGCAUGUGGUAUUGUCCAGCUGGUAAUGGCAACCCCUCCACAAAAAAAGCAGUGGAAAAGUCAUAGUUUUGGAGUUUUAUGUCUGGUGCAAGAUAAAUCUGUGCAUUCAACAUUCAUGAGACUCUACUCUCUAAAGAAAGCCAAGCUGCAGUGGGAACAGGAGCUGUAUACACCAUUUGAGUACUCAGAAACUUGUCCUUAUUUCCACACCUUCUCUGGUGAUGAGUGUCAGAUAGGAAUAAACUUUGCGGAUGAAGAUGAGGCCAAGCAGUUCUACGUGGCUGUGCAGAAGCAGAUCAGUGAUAACAAAGCAUCUUCAUCGGGACUUACACGCAGAUACAGUGUGGGGGGUGUUUCUGACUGGAAAGAAAAACUUGACAGCUGUCUGAGAGGACAUGAAGUGCACAAGAGGCAUUCCCUGAGAAGUGCACCCAGAGUUCCACACCAUCAUGAUUCAGAUGCAGUAUUUCCGGAGGGAAAAUUAUCAGUUGCUAGCACAAUAUCCAGCCCAUCACAUAACUCAACACAGACUCUCCCCAGUGUUACUGAAGAGUCUAUGUCGCUCGCCGAGAGGAAAGGGCCCCUCCCACCUAUUCCUAUUCAUGCCAGGAUAGCCACGUUGAAGUUUAAUCGCAAUGCUAGCAUGCAAAACCUGACUAUUCAAGACUCCUCUAUUCCCAUUCCAUCAUGGGUGCCACCCCCUCCAUCUUACCAGGCCCCCACGGCCCCUCCACGCUCAGUUAUUCAAGAUCCCUACUCUGUUGAAACGAAGCCAGAUUUUUAUUAUAAUGCUGGCACCGAAGAUGAAUCUGCUUAUGAUGACUACCUUUAAAACUGCUAUCAUCUCCAUCAUAUGCGACGUUAGAACUUGGCAGCAGUAGGAUGUGGACAUGUUACCUUACAAAAACUUACACACAAAAUAUAUCCACCUUUUUAUUUCUGUAAGAGCAGACGUGGCCAUUUGUAAAUUUUAUGGGUCUGGCAUCCAGCUUGUUUUGCUGCUUGAUAUUGUAAACUGGUGUGUCUUAUCAUAUUAUUUUAAUGUAUUAUCCUAAUUAUGAACACACUGGUUUGUAGUGGAAACAGUUUUACUGCACAUUGUUAUUCUUCUCGUUAUUUCCCUAUAAUGGAUAAUGAACCGGAAGACUAACCAACAGGCUUACUACACAUUAUCUUUAUUGACUUUUUGAAUUUCGGAUUUUUUUUUUGAAAAACUAUGAUUUUUCAUUACACCACGUAUCAUUAUGUUUGACAAACCAAGUGUCCAAAAUACUUUGUCUUAAUUUUAAACAGUAUACUGUAUUGUUUUAGAAUUUAAUACCAAAAUAAAUUCAUUUUUGUAAAAUAUUUUGCUUGAAAGUGUACUUGUGUGUUAUGUUGUAAAUGGAUAUUUCUCACAUUUUCUUUUUCCAACAAGUCAUUCCAAAAGUGCAUGAUUUAUUUUCUUUUGUGGAACUUAGAUGACAUUUUGAGAAAUGGCGUUCCAAUAAGUCAUACAGUUUUGGAUUAGAAAAACAUGAGGGGAGUAAAUUAUGA